ACAAGUAUGUGGACUACUGUAUUUAUGUAUUUAUUAGUAUCUUGGAGCGAAGUGUGUGUGUUGAUCGCGCCCCCCGGCGGCUCUUCGUCACUUCACACUCCUUGUGAAAGCCCUCCUCUUCCCUCAGUAGGCUGAGCACUCGGUCUGGAUGCGCGCUGAACACAGCGGCUUAUAGAAGAUGUCCGCGGCGGGUGCUGGAGCUUGCGGACUCGGACCUGGAGCCGGCGGCGCUCCGGGAUCUGGAGUCUCCAACCCUCGAAAGUUCAGCGAGAAAAUCGCCUUACACACUCAGCGCCAGGCCGAAGAGACCGCCGCUUUCCAGGAGGUCAUGAUGGACAUCACAUCCACACGGAUUCAGGCUCAGAAAGUGCGACUGGCUAGAACCCAGGGCCCUUACUAUGGAGGCUCUCUGCCAAACGUCAAUCAGAUCGGAAGGAACGCAGCCGACCUCCAGGGUCUGUUCCACACAAACUCAGAAUCCAUUCGCUCCACACGGCACCAUGGGCUGGUGGAGAGAGUCCCCAGAGACAGACGCUUUGCCUCCCCCAGCCGACCAUACAGGAGACACAUGGACAGCUCUCAUUGCAGCUCUGCAUACCUGUCUCCACCCCCUGACCCAAGCUGGAGAAGGAACUGGUCCAGUAAUUUCUCCACGGACAAGAACCCAUUGUUCCGUCUUCCCACCACAGCACUCAACAGAACGAACUCAGACUCUGCUCUGCACACCAGCGUGAUGAACCCUCCCACAGGAGAUCCGUUCAGUGCGGGACAUGCCCUAAACCCACACGGGAGACGCAGCGGUUUGACCGAGGGUGAAAAAGGGCGGAGGAUGUUUCCAUACCCUGUCCCUCCCAUCGAGGAGAAUGUAUUAAAUGAAGGCAAGCUUCUAAAACCAUGGGACACAAAGAAGUUACAUAUGCUGUCCUCACGACCAAAGUCUUGUGAAGUUCCUGGAAUCAAUAUAUACCCUUCACCAGAUCAACAAGCCAAUACUCCUCUUGUCCCAUCUGCUUUGAAUACUGGAGGUUCUCUGCCUGACCUGUCCAGUCUGCACUUCCCCUCACCGCUGCCCAUGCCACUUGACCCAGAUGAGCCUGGCUACCCCUCCCUCAGCGGGGGUAACAGCACUGGCAACCUAGCCUGCACACUCACUCAGCUUGGCAUCAAUACCACAAAUGCCUUCAACUCUCCAGGACUCUUGGCCUCUCUGCAGGGCACGCUUAGUAACCCUACUCUCCAGUCUUCCCUUAGCAAUCCUAACAUCCAGUCAUCUUUAAGCAGCCACUCUUUCCCCAACUCCCUUAGCUCUGCCUCGCUGCAGUCAUCACUUAGCAAUCCUUCCCUGCAGUCCUCUCUUAGCUCCUCCCCUUCUUUGCAUUCAUCCCUCAGCAACCAAUCCCUUCAUUCCUCACUCAGUAAUUCUUCUCUUAGCGGUCAAUCCCUCCCAUCAGUGAAUAAUGCAGGGGGGUCUGGCCCCUGUUUGAGUUCCUACCCUACGCUGUUACCUGGGAAGGCGCAGCAACAAUUAAGCUCCUCCCCACAUAGGCGUGGUCAGCUGUCACCACUGAACCUGCCCCUGGGCCCGGAUUCCCGCAGGCACCACCCCAAACAGUUCUCACCCACCGUCUCGACCACACUUUCUUCGAUCACACAGGGUGUUCCACUAGAUACCAGUAAGCUUCUGAUGGACCAGAGAUUACCACCAUACCCUUUUAGUCAGUCUCAGCAAGGCCCGAGCAGUGACGCACAGAAAUGCUGCUCCUCACCACAGUCCAGCCAGCCACCAGUCCAGCACCAACAAGUACAGCAACAUCAGCAGACAGCACAGCCUUCCCAGUGUCACCCCCACCAACAUACACAACACCCACAGGCCAUGCAACUGCACAUGCAGAACAUGCACAACCUGCAUAAAUCACAGAACUUUCCAUUUGAGCAUGUGCAGCAACAGCAGCAGCAGCAGCAGCAGCAGCAACAACAACAACAACAACAACAGGGCUCCCACCUCCAAUCACAGCCGAACCAAAACCGCAGCAGCACAGCAGACACACCAGGGCCAGUGAACUCCCAGAACUCGCAGGGACCUGAUGUACAGACGCAGACACACACACAGCAAGAGCAGAACCAGAACUUUCCUCAGCUUCAGCAGAUCAGCCAGUCUCUAGCCACUGAACUUGGGCUAUACCAUGAUUCCUUAUUACUGAAUUCCCUUCUGGAUGAUCCAUACCUGGGCCUACAAUUCACUGGCAGGCAAAACCAGAACCUUUCUCAGCAGUUUGCCACUGAUGCUCACACGGAAGGUUUGUCCUUUAACCACAGUCUGGACUCCACCAUUAAAGGACAGGAUGGUUCCUACACCAGCCACCAAGAGGUGCUAGAUUUGCUGGACUCCUCAGAUCAUCAGUUCCUCAACCCCAGUCAGAACCAGAACUAUGGCACUGGGCGCCACCCUGUACCUAACAUCAUACUGACUGGAGACUCUCCUCCUGGUUUGUCUAAAGAGAUCACUAGUGCUUUGUCUGGAGUGCCAGGCUUCGAGGUGGACACCUUCGCUUCAGACGACACGCUCAGGAUGGAGCCUCUGGCUUUGGACGGCCUCAGCAUGCUCGCCGACGGAGACUUGAUGCUGGCUGACCCUGCCGUCGAGGACUCGUUUCGCUCUGACCGACUCAAAUGAACAAGAGAAGGGUUGAUUGGAACGAUUAGGAGUCAGAAGACAUCCAUACAACCUGCGAGUAAGAAGAAGUGAAGUCUUUAAGGCAUUCCAGAGGGGUUUCCCCUCACUCUCUACUUAGGGUUGAAACCUGCUUCAGAGAUUCCUAAAAGGGACCAACUAUGUUUUUUUUGUUUUGUUUUGUUUGUUUGUUGUUUUAGCUGUUGUUUGUUUUUGUUUUUGUUUUGCUCUAAGCCCCAUGCACUUGCUGAGAGUUCAUAAAUAUAGGCAUUAGCUUGUCUAAGUCCUAACUGCAUGUUGACGUAUGCACUUCAGAUUAUUUCACUCUCACAACAGGAGUCAAGCAUGUGAUGCCAACUGGCAGAAAAGGUUUAAAUCGUUGAAAUGCUUUUUUCUUUUUUCAUCCCCUGAGUAUUGUCUCGCAAAAACAA